AUGCAUUUCCAGGCGGUCCAGACCAUCUCAAGGGCCCUGGUUGCCGAGGAGAAUCGUUGUGGUUAUUUGUCCGAGCAGGUGAAGGGUCUCCUUAGUCAUUACAAUGGGCCCUCACAGACUACGAGGAAGCACUCGACCCCUUCGGUCACGGCCUCGCCCGACACCAGCCCUGUGGUCGAGUCACUGAGGAGGCACUCGUCCAUCGAUGCUGCUAGCAAUGAGGCCGGUCAGGACCUCGUCACUACUCUGACUAAAGUGUUCACCACGUUGAGUGAAGGCCCUACGACCUCUCUAGUAGUCAACAACUCCGUUCGUGUGGUCAUCACCGGCCAUACUGAAGCUGAUUACCUUAUGCCUGGUUACCCUGGACCACUCUUACCAAUGGAGCCAGUCAGUGGUGGUGGUAUGGAUGCCACUCUGGACAAGACCCUCCUCCUCGUGAAGGCCAAGAAUGACUACUCCUCGGUGGCCUCGACCCCUCCUGGCCCCUCGUCCCAACCUCAAUCGGGGAGCCUCUCGGGAGAUAGUCAAUACGGCCCUGCCACUGCUGCUGCUGCUGCGACAACAGCAUCAUCAUCAUCAUCGGCCCACAGCCAAACGGCUCGUCUCGUUUUGGAGUCCCUCAACUGUACCAAGUCCCUCGCGGACGUGGCGCGCGCCCUGAAAAUCCCACAGGGCACGGUGCUCCGAAUUGCCAAGGGGCUAGUCUCGAGAGGCGAGGCCAGAGUGAUCCCUGUUCUGCAGAAGUCCCAGAUCCUCGUGCCUAACCCCAGCGCAAUGCCGCUGACCAGAGGAGACCUUUUAGACUUCGAAGCGAAGUUCAACUCAGUGGAAAUGAUCCCUCGUAUAAUGUACGAGUUCUCGCAGGGGAAACCAUUGAUGCAAGUUCGUGAGAGUUGCGAGGAGAUAGUAGCCGCGAAGUCCUUCGCCGAUUUAGCCACGUGGCUCCUCGAGAGGGACCAACUGGUCCAUAUGGCGCUAUAUUUGCACUAUAAUCCUCCCAUGUACGUAUCCCGUGGUCUACGUUCGAGUUCGGCACCAGCCACUGCCACGUCAAUGACGGCAACAUCAUCACAGUCGCGACGGCAGCCUGAAAAGAAGAAGAACAUGAUUGACAAUAAGGCGGACCUCGUCGAGCCGCUGGGGAGUGACCGGGUCCUUGCGGAGCAGAUCUGGAGGGAUCUGCCGAGGAACCUCUUCUCACUAGACGAGAUUCAGCACGUGAUUGAAGCCCUCUGGCAAUGCAACUUACCAGGUGGUCCCGACUCCCUCGACGUUAUGUUCGUUUUAUCAGUCAUUCAGAACUGUGUCAAGGCCCAUAUGGACAUCGACUCCAUAUGGUACAUGCUAGUCAGAGAGCACUUUAUGGACGAGCGCAAGCUGAUGUUGAUGAAAGAGCUCCUCGCUGAUGCCCGAUCGGGUCGGGAGUAG